AUGUCUCGAUACCGUUAUGCUCCCCUCGUCACAGACAGCGAGGUCCGCUUGGUCACAAUCCUGCCGGGAGUGUUCGGAGACCCCAUCUCUAUCUAUAUCAAGCAUGCACAACUUGUUCCCCCCGUUGAGGAGGGUCGAUUGUGCCAUCCUCCGCUCAAGGAGAUAAGGGAAACACUCCCUGUUGGAUGGUCCGCGUUCGAAACGCUGGAGGGACGGGUCGUUUUCACCAGCUCCGGCGGGCCAAGCUGGACCCAUCCGGAUCCUAACUACGACGGGUACGACUUUUCUUACUGUGAAGGACCGAGGAUCUCAGCUCUCAGAUACGAAGCUCUGUCGUAUACAUGGGGAAACCCCGAGUUGUGCGAGGAAAUUGCGGUUGCGGAGGAGCAUCAAACACAUCCCCAGCAAUCUAGUCCACGAAGACAUCCUGAGAAGUCAGAUAAGAGGGCCAUUGCGAAAUUGUCUCGACCAAGACAGCUCACGGUUCGUCAAAGUCUUGCUGAAGUGUUACGGCACGUCAGGUACCCAAGCGAGCCGCGAACAAUGUGGAUCGACGCAAUUUGCAUCAACCAAAAUGAUACGAACGAACGUAACAACCAAGUCAAACGAAUGGGCGAUAUUUACCACUUUGCGCAAAGAGUUGUGGCUUGGCUUGGUCCAGGUUUUCCCGGAUGCGACCUGGCUUGUUCGAUUUUGGAAUAUCUAGGACAGCAGGUGGACUGGAGCCGAGAUAACUAUUGCUUCCCAGCUCAUAAUUGCCAAGAGCCGCAGUGGUUUCUGAACCAAUGUCCCUUGCCCUACAAAGACAACCAAUGGGAUGCAAUUCAAACCUUAGUCUCAAGCCAAUGGUUCAAAAGGGCAUGGAUACUGCAAGAGAUUCAGCUAGCCAACCCACUAUCGAUUAUCAAAUGUGGCCAACACGAAAUCUCCUGGCCCGGAUUUCGCCGAGCCAUUUUGACGCUGUGGAACAAGAGCGAAGGCAUUCCGCCAGAACUUCGGGAUAUGAUGCCCCUUGUGUGCGGAGUCGCUUCACAUGUCGGGGGACGGUUCGAAGAUAUUUUAUACGAUCACCGCAAUCGCCUCUGCCAGGACCCGAAAGAUAAAAUCUACGCUUUCACCAAUCUGAUACCUCCGAACAUGUUCAGAUUCAACCACGUGGAUUAUAACCAGGAGGUUGUUGAUGUGUACAGACAAGCCUUCCUGGCUUGUUGCAAAGAGACCCAGCGCCUUGAGCUCCUACAAUACUGCGGCACAACUAAUGGUGCGCAAGACAGCGGCUCGACAUGGGUACCAGACUGGUCUAAGGCGAUACCAUUUAGUUGUUCUCGCACCAGUGGCUUUUCUUCUAGUGGUCCCUCGAUGGCGCGUGUUGAUGUACCGUCUUUUGGAAAACUCGAAGUCGAUGGCAUCGCUAUUACAUCCAUACAUAAAGUGGAAAGACCCGAUUUUACCAGCUUUAUGGAUGUCAUCCAUUACUUGAGAGCUAAAGGACUCCAUCAAUUAGAAACGACCAUGUAUCGAUCAGGAUGCACCUUAUUGGAAGCAUUUCUGCAUAGCCUCACUCUUGGUCUUUUACAAGACAGAGUGGACCGUGCUCUCUGCCCUGCGCUGGAUGAUCUAAGAAUGAUUGUCAGACAAACAGAUACAGAAGGGGGCUUCAAUAGCGACAUCCAAGAGGUUACGAGUUUUUGGCAGGCUAUGAAUCAGAAAUACCUACUUGAUUCAAGAGUUGUCUUUACAGUGGAAGGGUACAUCGGUAUAUGUCGUCGUGGGAAUUUGGAAGAGGGUAGGCGUAACAUCCCCAUCUGCAUGAGCAAGUUGACCAAUUAUUAUUUAGGAGAUAUGAUCUUUGUCAUCUUAGGAUGCAAAGUUCCAAUUGUACUCAGGCGGACGUCUGGGGGUCCGUAUCAAGUGAUUGGAGACUGCUUCGUUCAUGGGAUCAUGGACGGAGAGGCUAUCCUUGGACCUUUGCCUCGCUCGUAUCACAUCGAAUCGCGAGAUGAUGGGCCCGAUUUCGAAGCGUUCAUCCCUGUUUACGUUGAAAACGACACUCAGCGUGAACAGCGCGAUGACCCUCGCCUACAAAAUAUUCCGUUGCCACCAGAGUGGGAAGCGUUUGAAAAGGAGAGGACGCGAGAUGAUCCACUCAUUUACAGCAUGUUCCGGAGUAAAAAUACUGGAGAGGUCAUAAAUUCCGACCCCAGGCUGUUCCCUGAAGCCUUGCGGGAGCGAGGGGUGCCGGUUCAGCGUAUAACAUUGGUUUGA